GUCAUGUCUCUGGAAGCAGUGCUUGUCCUAUUGGAGAAGUCCUCCUUACAACUUGAUGCGUAUCCUUUACACAAUUGCCGCGUCUUUUCUGUUUGGGGUACUGUUCUGGAAGCAAGGGAAGAAAUUGUGAGUAACUAUCCCUCUCGGUUAAUUUGAGACUUGAGUCUGCUGGAGUUUUGGAGCACAAGCUUAUUGAGAUGAUCUAAGAAACAACCAGCAGAACUUAUUCAAUGCAAUUGGUUCGACGUAUAUAGCCGUUAUCUUCUUGGGCAUAAACAAUUGCUCAUCAGUACUACAGUAUAUUGCUAUGGAACGGACGGUCAUGUAUCGUGAGAGAUUUGCAGGGAUGUACUCUUCAUGGGCUUUUUCACUAGCACAGGUUGUUGUUGAGAUACCAUAUAUACUAGCUCAAGCAAUUAUAUUUGUGAUCAUCACCUAUCCGAUGAUCGGUUAUUUUGGGUCAGCAUACAAGAUUUUCUGGUACUUCUAUGUCAUGUUCUGCUCAUUGCUGUCAUACAAUUACCUCGGAAUGCUGCUCGUGUCCCUGACACCAAAUUUCACGGUGGCUGCAAUUCUACAAUCUGCCUUCUAUGCAAAUUUCAAUCUUUUUGCUGGGUUUUUGAUCCCAAAACCGAGAAUUCCAAAAUGGUGGAUCUGGUUGUACCAUGCGUGUCCAACAUCAUGGGCACUUAACGGUAUGCUAACUUCGCAGUAUGGAGAUAUUGAUAAGAACAUAUCGGCAUUUGGAGAUACUAAAACCGUGGUGGCCUUCUUGAAGGAUUAUUUCGGAUUUCACCAUGAUCAAUUGUAUGUUGUGGCGAUUGUCCUUGUCACCUUUCCUGUUGUUCUAGCAACUCUUUUCGCGUACUGUAUAGGGCACUUGAACUUCCAGAGAAGGUGACGUCAUAAUUCUCUAUUAGUAUCACAGUGUAAAAUUUAGUUGUAUAAUCCUCAAAACUAGUUGAAUAAAGUGAAUAAGUUUUUGUGACAUUGGAGUGGCCGCAUUGAAACUGUUAGCAUUGUGGAUAUAGAAGUGUGCUAGUUCCAGUAUGGCCAAUUUGUAUAAAGUUUCGAGGAGGAUUCAGUGCUAGACAAUAUGGACUAUUAUUUCAUGUGAAA